AUGCCCAGUCCCGUCUGGUCAGAUAAGAGCGCUGCUACUCACGCAUUCAAUCCUACCCUAGCCAACACUCACCAAGACCCCAAACCACAAUCCCGAAACGCGAACUACAGAAUGCCACACGGCUUCGACAAACUCCUUCACCAUGAACCAGAGCUAGAAUCACCCCCUUCACCACCCAGACGACCAUCCACCCAAUCCAGAUACCACCUCCACAUCCGACAACAGCCCAUCGCGGCACGAGCCUGCGGCGCAGGCGACAGAGAUCGUCGCCCCGUCGACCCGCCCCCAAUCGUGCAGAUCCUCCUCACCGAUUUCGACUCAACCUCAGAAGAAGACAGAGACCUCCUCCAAGACCCCCGCUUCACAGUAGGCUGUCUACUAUUCCCCGUCUCGCCCUCGUUGCCAUGGGCUGAACCAGCAGAGACACCCGCGCGCGAACGCGACCAAGAUCAAGACCGGGACCGGGACCGGGAUCGGAAUCGUGAUAGAGAAAGAGAAACAGACGGCGUCGCCCGUACAGACGAUAACUUCUCAACGCCACUACUAGCCGGCAAAGCAUUCAUGUCCCCCUUUUACGUCGACGCCGAUCCAGACCCAAACUCCGCACCCGCUCAUCCAUCCUCCAUAACCGAUCCACAUCCCUCCAGCCCCGUCUACAACCACGCCGCCUCGCGUCUCCAUCAGCCAGCUACCUUUUUCAUCUUUGCGGAUCUUUCGAUUCGCUCGGCGGGACUAUAUAGGCUCCAGUUCCGAUUGAUGAAUUGGGGAUCCGUUGAGGAUACGGGGCAGUCGAUGCCGAUUCUUGCGGAGGCGUGGUCUGAUCCGUUCCGGGUAUAUCCUGCGAAGGAUUUUCCUGGGAUGAGGGAUUCGUCGAUUCUAGCGGAGGGGUUGAAGGAGCUUGGGUUUGUGGAGUUGAAGACGAGGGGGCAUGGGAAGGGGAAGGGGAAGAAGAGACGAUGA